GCCAGACUAUAGGGAGUGUACAGUAUCUAUUAUACGUACAUAGGUAAUUAAUUAUGUCCAACUUCGAUGAGAAGUCUGGUCUGGUGUACAGCAGCACUCCAUGGGGGCAGUGGGCACAGACCAUUGAAGAGGUGUUCAUUGAAGUGAACGUGGCUGAUGGCACCAGAGCCAAAGACAUUGUGUGCACCAUCCGCCCCAACUCUAUUGAUCUGACAGUACACAACCAGGGAAUCAGCAUAAAAGGGAGAUGGUUCAAGACUGUUCUGGCCGAUGAAUGCAUAUGGACGUUAGAAGACAAUAAGAUGGUUCGCAUUCUGCUGGUCAAGUCUGACAGAACCCCUGCCAACUGCUGGAUGUCUCUACUGGAGAAUGAGUUCGAGUGUGACCCCUUUGUGUUCGAUAAGAUGGAGAAGAAAAUGACACUGGAAAGAUUUCAAAACGAGAACCCAGGGUUUGACUUCAGUGGAGCUGAGAUCACUGGAAACACAUCUGGAGGGGGACCACAAUGGUAGCCAUGCCAGAACUUUACAUUUUGAUUUCAUUUAUGCCUUCUUUUGGAUUGAAUCACUAUAAUUAUAUUAUAUUGAAUACUACUUACAUGUG